AUGACUGGGUUUCUAAUAAAUGAACUAUUGAAUUUUGCGAUCAUGUCAAUCAUCACAGUGUAUAGUAUAAUGAUGUGCUCGUGUAAUGACCGCACUCGGGAGCAAAUUCACAUUCAGAGAAGGCAGGCGCUUCGAAAUCGGCAGAGAGAAGCGGCAGUGUCUGGCAGAAGUGUGCGGAGUGUUAUCGAGACGGAAGCGAUCGACGAUGAUGCGAGUUGUCCGAGAUUCACCUGCGUGCGAAUGACACCGCGUCUGAAAAACAGCGACACGGCCGACGUUUAUUCAAGAUUGAAUAAAUCGGAUGGGGAAAUUCCAAGAAUUGCCAAAGAAAAGCCGCCAAGUAUUUCUGACUUCGACAUUGCCCGCGCGUCGUACCGCGGCUCGCAUUCUCGCGAAUCUGGUAGCAAUGAAAUUGUGGAAAAAUCAGAUGAAAAAGACAAAAGAUCGUCGGCCGAAGCAAUCGAUAUGGAUAUUGCGGGAUGUCAUUCUUAG